GAUAUAAUCACAAAUAAAUUUCAUCCUGAAUUUAUGGCUGGAUUUAUGGUAUAAAGUUGACUCCUUUAAGGUUACUCCAUAAAUCAUAUUUGGGGGGCGGGGUAAGGGCAGGGCACUCUGAUAUUUAGAUAUGUGGUUUCUUGAGGAAGGACUCACUGACUGAGAUUUUUAUUAACAUUUUUUAGUGUUUUUUGUGAAAACUUCCUGAAAGUCAUUAUUUGGGCUUUCUUGUUUUCGUUUUCUGGAAAUCUUGUUUGGAUGGAGUGUUUCUUUCAUGCAUUAACCAUUCCUCUUAUACAAGGCAGCUGAGAAGUAGUUUGUGCUAAAACAGAGAGGGAUUGGGGGAAUAGGACCUAGAAAAGAUCUCAAAUGGAGUCAAGGUUAUCUUUUAAUGAAUAAUUUAGAGAACUUUAUUUUCCUGAGGCACCAAGCAAAGUCGAUUACAAAAUACACCAAAAUUCAAAGGCCUAGCACAUUAAUAUUUAAGUCAGUCAAUUGAAACUGAAUUUCUUUAAAAACACUUUUCUUUUGUAUCCCAUGAACUCACAUAAUAAACUCCCAGUAAGUGGUGCUGCUUCCCUGACCUAACGCUGAAUGUUCGUACCUGCCUCCCUUUGCAUGAUUAAUUUAGCCGAUCUCUAUUAAUCGAGAAACUCCGACUAGAAAUUGAGUGAAUGCAGGGAAUUGAGGGGAUUCAUUAGCGUGUCUUCUCCUAGGAAUAUUAAAAUUGCAGAUAAAAGUUUACCAGAAUAAAACUUGAAGGGAAAGAGAAAAAUACAAGACAAAGAAGAGGGCUUGUCAUAGAAGGGACUUUGGAGAUGAUGUAGAGAAUACUUGGAAGGUAGAAAGGAGCAAGCAAUUAGGGACAAAGAGGUGAAUAAAGAGACAGUUAAGGGAGAUAGAGAUAGAAAACAUGGGAUACCAGCUUUUUAGCAUGUUUGGCAAGCUUUCAAAAUCUGCUUAUUUUGAAAGUGGUUUUUUAGAAUAGCAGCUUGUGUUUGGCUAAUCGAUUUGAAAAUCACUUUUGCCAAUAUUAGAACAGUAAUUGUGCUUGGCCAAGGUUUCAAAAGUGCUUUUGGGGAAAAAUUACUUUUUUUCAGCUUCUGCAAAACAGUUUUUGCUACUACUCAAAAGCACUUAUUUCUGUCCUAAAAGCUUGGCCAAACAACUCAACUCUCUAAAAUAAGCACUUUUUUUUUUUCCUUUCAAAAAGCACUUUGGCCAAAGAGGCUAUUACUUUGUCUAUCAUAAGAGCAUUUUGUUACAUGCCAAUACUUUCUACAUCUCCAGAAACUCUUUCAGUGUCCCUGAGUGUGCACAUUUACUUAUCUCCACAUGUUUCGUGAAAACAUAUCCUAAACAAAAAAUAAGAAAUAAAUGUAUUGGGAACUGAUCCAUCCUAAGUCCCUUAAUGUGCAUUUAGGUGCAUACGGCAAGAAUAUUCUAUUGUGUUACUUGUCACAAAAGAAUCUUCUACUGGUAUUUGUCUUAUCUUCUGGCUUUAAUGUACUGAUAAAUGAUGACCGUAUAAUCUCGAUAAGACUGUUGCUGAUCAAGUAUCUAUUUGGAAGAAAAGUAAAGGCCUAGGUGAUAAUAUUGGAAUGAUCAUGCGUCUUCUGGAGAGACGUGUGCUUACCAUCAAAUUGGUGAUGUCUUUGUCUGUGAAAAAACUGGACACGUUCAUGAUUGUGAUGACACAUGCAGGGAAGUUGUACUGGAUCCUACAAAUGGUCUGCUGGUGUGCCCUAUUUCAGGCCACUGUUUUGAUAGGAUGUUGUUGUCACCAAAUGAAACGAAGCAAGAUGUGGACCAACAAGAAGCUUGUAAGACAAGACGAAGCAGAACCAUUCAUGGGCUUGGGUCGUUUUGCUCGAGCCUAUUUGCUGGGAUACAACUGCGAUGAUGAGAAGGAAUUGGAAGCUGCUUAGCGCUUUUGAUGAUUUAACUGUUUAUUACCGCCGAAGGAUGUUGUGGGUUGUUAAGGAUCCUUUCACCUUGAACCAGAGGUCUCGAGUUCUAGUUUCGGAAAUGAGGAUCAUCUCGGUCGGAAGCACUCACCCACCCCCCUCCUAGCGGGCCUUCCCGGCGCGUUCGGAUUAGUCGGGUGGAUCAUCAGCAUGUUCAGAAAUGGAACAAUUACAGUUUUGUUUAUCAUGUAAUUAUAACUUGUAUAAUUUAAGUUAAAAUUUUAAAAUCUUAUAUAGUUUUUCACUUAA